UCCAGAAUUCAAUGGGGACGUUACCCCGCCCCGCGAAGCGCGCGAGGCUUUCUGAGGGGCAUUCGAAUGCGGAGCUGCCUGAGCCUCCUCUCAAAGGUGUGAAGCUGCUCUAUGAUUUUAUGAAUGCCCGAGAGCUUGUGCGCAAGAACCGCGAGACGGGCAAGGGAGGUGCCCGCCUCUACGAAGGACUUCCGGCGGAUCUGGCGCAGUACUUCCAACGGCAUUGCUGUCCCAACGUGCAUCGCUGGCAUGACCGCACCACCUCCGGCUUGCACCACCUGUGUGCGGCCAAGCACAGGUGGCGCUUGUGCCAAACCGACAGUGAGCGGUACGCCCUGAAGCAGCUGUUCAUCCUAAACUUUGCGGUGUGGCGCUUCAUUGGGGGCACCGUGCUCUUUGCGAGCGAGGUGGGGUUCCUGCCGUCCUGGGGCAAGGACCAAAAGGCCUGGAUCCGGCAGGUGGUGACCCGGGCCUACCGCCACGGCCGCAUCCGCGAUCUCUUCACCGACGCCUACAAAGGCCCGGGCGCAAUACGCGCCGAGCUCAGCGCUGGAGACGAGGAUUCCCUGGAGCGGGUGUUGUACAAUAGGGGGCCCAAGCAGGUGAGGUGGGCGGAGCCGGACCUCACCUUCCACACGCUCGUGGGGAAGUUUAGACUCAUUGACCGACUCUGGGAGGAGUCCCCGUCCUUGGUGGAUGCCGCUGCUCCGAACCCCCAAACUGGACGGGUGGAGAUGCGCCGGGUGUGCGAGGUGCUGAGCGGGCUGCCUUACUUCGGCGGCACCGUGGAAGGGCGCAGGGAGCCUGGCUUCUUCGCCAAGGAGCUGGUCCAGGACCUGCUGGACACCCCGGUCUUUGGGCAUCGCUCGGCGGUGGCGGACCGCUUCAGCUACUCGCCCGCGGGGCCGGGCGCGCUGGAGGGUCUGCGCCUCAUCUACCGGAGAAGGAUCACGCCCUGCGAGGCUGUGCCCUUGAUGCUGAAGCUCCUGGCCUAUGCCCACAAGCUCUGGAAGCAGGGCCCGGUCAACGAGUUGGAGUUGCACGACAUCCAAUUUAUGCUUUGUGAGCUGCAGAAGUACUUGCACAGCGGCGCCAGCUUGCGGGAUUAUGCUGGCCCGCCGUGUUUGCAGAACCUGCCCUUGUCCUUGGACUUUGUACAGAAGCGCUUGGAGGAAGCCUUGGUGCUGCACCUCUUCACCGCCAAGGGGGAGGAGAGUGGGCGCAUCGCGCGGGAGCUUGCGGAUUGGUUGGGCCUACGCCUGCACCAGGGCGAGGAGAUCCGGGAUGGAGACCACGUGGUGCUGCGCGAGGCGGGCUCCGGGGCCUUGCUGGAGUUGGUGAAUGGCCUGCUGCAGCCCGCGCAGCGGAAAGCCACGCCCUUCCGGGUGGAGGCGCGCUCGGGGGCCUUGUGUGGCCAGGAGGGCUUCUUCCUGCGCGCGCCCAACGGCGCACACCUGGGCCCCACCUCCGCCUCGAGCGCCUGGGGGGCGCCGGCGCAGAGCGGGCGCUUCAGCGAGGGCCGGGAGCUGUCGGUGGACGUGGGGAAGGUGUCCCUGGGCCAGGCGGUGGUGCUGUGCCCAAAGUGGCAGACCAACGACUCCUGCCCCAAGUGCUUCAAGCUGUCUCUCCGAGUGCGCUUCGAGCGGGACAUUUUAACCAAGACCCUGGAAGAUGAGCUUUUGGAUUUGGUGGAGCAGGUGGUGCGCCUGAAACUGGGCACGGACGAUCUGGGCCAGCUCUGCGCGCUGGACCCCGGCAAGGUGCGCGCGCGGCUGAUCGGCUGCGAACCCAGCUGGACGGACCGCCCGGACUGGCAGACCCGGUCUGCGCGCCUGACUGGAAACUGGGAGCAGGACUGCGGAAGUCUGUGAUUCGACGAAUGCCAUGUUUUUAUGCGGACCUGACAAAGUGCUUAGCCCGCCGA